AUGGUAGCCUGCCAGUUUGACAAGCUGCACGUGAUGCCGGAGCCGGAACUGAAACACCACCAGAAGGAGUGCCCGAGUCGUUACCUGAUGGACAGAGAGCUGCAGAAAAGGGCUGGAGGAAAUGAAGGGCUGAUGGGAGCUGUUAAGGGGCCUCAGAUUGUCUCUUCUUAUACUGACGAGGAUGAUUGGGAAACCGAGGCUCAUCAUUCCUUUUCUGGCAAAGGACUUUUCAACAGAAAGUUAGAACAGCGGCGGGAAGAGCCAGUCCCCGACUCCUACUUCUACGGCGGCAGUUCCAGUCCCAGCAGACAGCGCCCUGGCCAGCAGAACUCGCACGGGCGAUCGUCUGCCUAUAACCACAUGGAGGAGGAAGAAGCAUUCCGGCGAGUUCCCCACGCCCCGUCCACCGCGGCUCAGCUCUCCCUCCCAGCGCAGAAAGGGGGGCGGCUGGUGGGCUCGGGCAGUCAGGUGUUCCAGUACUCCCUGAACCAGGCCAUGGGUGGGAUGGGGAUGGGACGGGGCAGGGGCAUCAGGCAGCCUCGGCCAGGUGAGACAGACGGACGUCUUAAAUGUCCUGUCAUUGAGACAGACAUCUUUUGUGUGUUAUAA